AUGAGACUCCCCUUCAAGCUGCCGCGGUUGCCCAAGCUGCGCCCGGCCAAUUCCCGGUUGCACAACCUCUCCCAAACCCUGCAGCCCUUCUCUUCAUCCUCACGCUUCUCAACCCCCAACCCGCACCGCGACCAAAGCCAGCAUAGCUCUCCCUCUCCCUCUCACUCGUCCCAACCACAUGCCCGCUACUCCCGUGCCGAAACUGAAGAUGUCGUUCCCCACCUCGCAAAAAAGCCCAUGCACCCGCUGAGCCUAGCAGAUCUUGUCAAACACGGCCGGCCGCCUCUUUCAGCAGAGGCGUUACUCGCUUCUGCGCGCUUCACCCUCUCCCUACUCCCCAUCCGCCUGGCCCAUCGCAUUCAAGCGCUGAGGAACCUCCCCUACAUCGUCGUCUCGAACCCGAAUAUCAGGAGAAUAUACGACAACUACACGCACUCGCUUUCGACGCUGCUACCCUGGCAAGGGAGGACGAUACGGGAAUUGGAUGAUGAGAUUCGGUUUACGGAGGUGCUGGCCGAGUUGGUGCAGACGCAUACGGAUACGAUACCAAUUCUAGCGAGGGGGUUUCUCGAGUGUAGGAAGUAUAUUUCUCCCGGGGAAGUCACAAGGUUCUUGGACGAGCAUUUAAGAGCGAGGAUUGGCACGAGGUUGAUUGCCGAGCAGCAUAUCGCGCUGCAUUAUAGUAGCGCGCCGCACGCGAAGAGAGUCUCCUCCCCCGACUCAUCCGACUCCUCGAGCACAGCCGACGACCCCUCCUCGACGAGCGCUCCCCCCAUUACAGGUACCGGAAGCUACAUCGGCGUAAUCGACACAGCGCUCCGCCCCGCGACAAUCAUCGACUCCUGUGGGGGCUUCGUAGCUGACAUCUGCGAGCUGAACUACGGCGUGCGCCCGCGCUGGCUCAUCGACGGCGAGCCUGACACCACCUUCGCCUUCGUGCCCAUGCACCUCGAGUAUAUCGUGACCGAGCUGCUAAAAAACGCCUUCCGCGCGACGGUUGAGAACGGCAUGAAUCGUGAGCCCGUUGUUAUUACCAUCGCGCCGGAGCAGGCUGUUGAGCCGGUCGUUGCCCCUUUGCCCGGGUCUGGAGGGGUAGAGGAGAGGGGGAGGGAGAAACAGGGGUAUAUCACUCCGUUGGAUGACAACGCUCCAGGGGUGACGAUUAGAAUAAGAGACCGUGGAGGCGGGAUUGCGCCUGAAGUACUGCCGCAUAUAUGGAGCUACUCAUACACGACGUUCAAUAACGGGGAUGGGGACGACGAGGAUUCACUUUAUACACCCCUGCCGGGGACAUUUAGCGCGACGGGGUAUAGUAGUACCAGCGGGGGAGGAGGCGGGGACUCGGCGUUGAGGGUGAUAAGUGCGGCGAGCAGCGGGGCAAGUACGAUUGCGGGGUUAGGGUAUGGACUACCGUUGAGUAGGGCGUAUGCGGAGUAUUUUGGGGGCGGGAUUGCCGUGCAGAGUUUGUACGGAUGGGGGACGGAUGUGUAUUUGAAGUUGAAGGGGGUUGGGAGGAUUGAUUAG